GGCACCUUUGUUUGCUUACACGUUACCAGGAAGUGUAAGUACUGGCCUCAAAAUGAUGAGACAAGACUUGAACGAUGAUGACGUAUCUCUGUUUGACGCGGAAGAGGAUGCAGGCAGAACGUCGAAGAAGUCCAAAAUCGAGCACCCUCUGGCCAGCUUUUUCCACCUGUUCUUUCGCGUCAGCGCCAUCAUUGUGUACCUGGUUUGUGAACGGCUGAGCACCUUCAUCGCUGGCAUGGUUACCAUCAUCCUCCUUUUGUCAUGUGACUUUUGGACUGUCAAGAACAUCACUGGACGGCUGAUGGUGGGCCUGAGGUGGUGGAACCAAGUAGAUGAUGAUGGGAAGAGUCACUGGGUGUUUGAGUCCAGAAAAGGACCUGGAAAGAAGCUCCCCUCUGACUCAGAGUCCCGGAUCUUCUGGCUGGGCCUCAUAGUGUGUCCUAUCAUCUGGGUCAUCUUCAUCUUCAGUGCGCUCUUCUCUUUUAGCAUCAAAUGGCUGCCCAUAGUCAUCAUGGGCGUGGUUCUCCAGGGAGCAAACCUCUAUGGCUACAUACGCUGCAAGGUGGGCAGCAGGAGCAAUCUGAAAAGCAUGGCCACCAGUUACUUUGGACGUCAGUUCUUCAAACAGGCAAUGGCUAAACAAGAAGAAUCUUAGAGUCAAGAGAAAGAAUGAAUGUGUUAGCGUUGAUGCCCUGUAUGGGAUUUUUCUUGUACAUUAAUGUAAAAAAAAAAAAA